AAAUACAUUGAAGGAAGGAGAGAGGAGACAGGGCAUGUAGAAUGUUUCAUGUGGAGGUAGCCUGAAAUGUAAGGAAGGAAGAAGGUUGGGGGAAAUGAUUGAAAGAAAAGGGGGAGUUUCAUUCUCAAAGUUGGUCAGCUUUCCAUUUUGAUGAGUUAUGAGAGAAGCAGCAGCAUAAGAUAAGAAUUAAAAGAAAGAAGCAGCAUAAAGCAUAAGCAACCAUUCACGUCUCAAAUUAAAUCUGUGACACACACUUUUCUCUCCUCUUCUCUUCUCUUAUUUUCUUCGACGUCAUCAGUCAUCACAUGGGUUCCGCCACCAGUAGACUAGAGGGUUCUCGCCCUCCCACGCCGAGGCUCAACCGCAACAACACACGCUUCAGCCUCUCCUCUCUUCUCUGCGGUGCUUCCACCUCUCGCUCCACCUAUCAGAUGGAAGAACAUCCAUCUGAACUUCAGGUAGAUUUAGCAACAGAACCUGAUGGUGGAACUCAGGAUAUCACUGAGGAAUCAUCUUUAUCCUGUACAGAAGCUAGAAUCAGCUGCAGCCACCAUGCUGAAGCCGCUACCUCAUCCAAUACAAGAACUGAGUCUCAUCAGUAUAUUGGUGUUGAAGGUUCUUCCAUAAAUGUUGCAGCAAGUAGUCAGAGGAAGUGCUUGUCUGAAUGUAAGGAGCUAGUCCCUCCUCAUCAGGUAAGUGCUGGUCAUAGUGGUAAUGAAUCAUAUAGGGAUAGUAGCAAUACAGCUAGUACUUCUUUUGUAGAUCAACAAUCUUCAGAUCCAGUCUCUGUAAAUGUUUCUGCUAACAAAGAUGGAGUCAAUAAUGUUGAUGAUCCAGUGGUUAGUGGUGUAUCUCAAAUCUCACAUGAGACCGUGCAUCCAUGGAGUUCGAGCCCUCGGGAGAAUGGAUAUUUUAGUUCUGGGGAAAUUUCUGUUGAGAAUGAUGCAUUAAUGGCUACCCAAAGUCCUUCUUCGGAUCCUGUUUCUCAAGUUUCCAAUUUACCGGCACCUUCUCCUAUGCCCGAAGAUGAACCUCACAGAGAGGCAAUUGUGCUUCAAGUUGAUGUUGUCACAAUAUCCUCCAACAUCUUGUCUGGCAGCACUGCUGAUGCCAAUGAUCAUGAUACCGGAAGGAGUGGUAGAAGAAUAUUUUGGGAUGCUUUUUCACGGCGUAGUUCUAGAAGGCUUGGCGACUCUCAAACAAUUGUCUUCUCUGCUGGCGGUGCCGAUGAUCCUAGAUCUCAAGAUAGAUGGCUUGUUGAUCUUGGUGGGGAUUUCUCCAACGAUGGGUUUGGAGGUGCUUCUUCUGGAUAUGUAGGCAGUAGAAUUCACAGAUUUAAUGAAAGAAUGCGGCACUCAAGAUCCGAGAUCUGGGAAAGGCUUCGAGGUGGCCUUGAUGAUUUUGGUCGUUUGAAUUCUUCAUGUCCAUCAGGACUUCAUGCAGAUGGUAUGUGCUCAUGUGAGUCUUUACCAACAGCUGAAGAAUCUAGCACUCGAGCAAGUAUUUCAAGAAUUGUCAUGCUGGCUGAAGCACUGUUUGAGGUUUUAGAUGAAAUCCAUCGGCAACCUGUAUCGCUUUCCCUAUCCAUGGUUUCUCUCCCCGCACCUGAAUCAGUUGUCGACUCUUUUCCUCUUAAGUCUCACAAAAAGGUCGAUGCAGCUGACGGUGGCAGUGAUGCUGAACAAUGUUACAUAUGUUUGGCGGAGUAUGAAGAAGGGGACCAAAUAAGAGUUCUUCCUUGCAACCAUGAGUAUCACAUGUCGUGCGUUGAUAAGUGGCUUAAAGAAAUACAUGGCGUAUGCCCUCUUUGUCGUGGCAAUGUUUGUGGAGGGUUCACGGAGUCUUCUGCCAACUCAGUGCCAUCUCAUUGAUAUUGUUGUACAUAUGAUGUAAAUAUAUAAAUGACAUGUAUAAAAUAGCCAUUUAGAUUACCUAUCUAUUCUGGCAAAAUAAUGAGAUAUUUUUGUAUUCCAAUUUUGUGAUAUUCCUUCCCCCAAUUACAUUUUCAUAUUGUAUAUUGCCUUGUCUGUGAAAUUGUGUUAUUAUUCUUAUUUGAGUUUUGCCUAACAGGUGUGGCAUAAAUUUGUUAGCAGCAAACUCUAUUGAUAUCAAGAAAAUAAGAUUAUUGAUAAUUAAAGCAGUAA